CAUCACAACAGCGCUGCCAACUCGUUUUWCUUCUAAAUAUUAUUGUUAUGGUUUAGGUUUUUACAGAUAUGCCUAGGCCGGUUGUUCUAUUAGUUUGURUUGUCAUAAUUUAUGUGAAUGGUUCAAAGAUUAACAAAUCACAACUAGACAGAGAGGAACGGGCUAUUACUCCUGGUUAUUAUAGUCAAGAAUGUAACGCCCACAAGCCCUGCAAAGAUUCUGUUAAGUACUGUCAUAUGUUCCUCUGUGUUGACUGUCUCAAAGAAAACGUCGCUUGCACACAAAAUGGCCAGUGCUGUCCUGGGUCCGAAUGUGUUUACGGUCGAUGUAGGUCUGGGGCCAAGCCUGGACAGGCAGGUACAUUCUGCGAUCGUCAAAGUGAUUGUAAAGAUCAAGAUCUUUGUUGUGUCCGUGAGCCCGCAAUAAACCCUAUCAUAUCAAUCUGUAAAGCUGCUUUGGAUGAACAUCAGACAUGUGGUCCCUAUAAUCAAUACAGGACUGUCUAUAGUGGAGGCACAGUACAGCCAGCCUGCGGACCUUGUAAACAGGGCUUAACUUGUAAACAAGUAGGGAUAUUUGGUGUUCAUCAAGUUUGUUUACCGCAGGCUGGAGGAAGUGCACCAAGAGCAAAACGACAAGAAAUAAGCAACAAAUAAUCAUUUCAAAACCUUAGCUGUUUUACCAUUCUUAUAUGAUAUCGAAGUCCUAGGUAUUGAACCUGUAAUAUACAAAGCCUUUGGAGCGKUWUUUUUCCUUUUCAUUUUGAACACUUGCAAUAAUCAUUGGCACUGAAUGGCAUUUCCUGGUUGUAACAUGGAAUAAUUAGGCAGUAUCCUAUAUAUGACGGUUAUAUAGAACUUCUCUUCUGUAUUUAAAAGUAAAACUAUUUUGCGUUCUUAUAAUAAAUUAUUAACUACAA